GCGAGAACACACCUCAAGUUUGUUAUGCCACGGCGCCAUCUUUACGUCAAAGAUCAAAUCGCCCUAUACGUUGUAAACAAUAAACAUAAUAGAAAUGGCAAGGUGCUUUGGUGCUUACCUCAACAGCAGAUUAUUUUUCGUUUCUAACCGGAUUUUCAGGAACCGACUAACCGACAUUCUACCGCCAUUUACCGAUCGGUUAACCAGAAAGACAAACGGUAUACACCACCCAGUAGAAAGCCAUCUGUCAAAACAUGUUUGGGUUUGCUUGCACUUUUGACAUUUUCGAUAAAUUAUUUUUUUCUUGUGGUUUGUACUUGGUGGUCCUUUCCUUUUGUGGUUUGCCCUAUCCUAUUUGAACUAGGCUAGAUUUACCUAGUGUUUAUUUUGAGUUACAAUGUAAAGCAUUCCUCAAGGUACUAUAAUUUUUAUGCAGUGCUGAUACCACAAUAAGACUUUGCUGAUAACAGAAUUCGUCAUACCAUACCCCUUGUCUCGGCUUAGUCCGACUGCAGGGCCGGGUGGUUGGUAGCAGAGACGAACCAGAACCCACCAGUUGUGAAAAAAACAAAAAUAAAGUGUGAAUUGGAAACCCUGCCGUUGCUGUUCCUGCGAGUUGUCAUGGUACUUUACCCUACUUUACAGUUUAUCUCUACCUUCGCCGACCGUUGAGUGUUUACAUGAUUUUUUAGAGUUGUUUCUUCUAAAAAGUUAACAAUGUUAUCCGAAGUACCAAAAGAGCUGAAGCGGUUUCUCAGGCACUGCCAGAGUUUACGCAGGAUACUCAAAGAUACAAAUGCUUCACUUAAUGAUAUCAAUAACCUCCUACAAUUGGGGAGAGAUAUUAAAAAGGAUUUAUCCAUUUUUGAGCCCUUGGAAACUCUGUCCAAUAAAGUAGAAAGAAUUCCAAACCUCCUGAUUUUUGGACAAUCUUGUCAUGCUAAAGCAUUGUUUAUAAACUUGUUGCUUCAACAGAAGAUUCUACCAUGUUCUAGUUCCCAAUGGAGACGCAUAAUUUUAAAAUAUGGAUCAACGAAAAGCAUUCACCUGACACUUGAUGAUGAAAUAGAAAUUGUAGAGAACCUCAAAGCCCAUGAAGAACUAUUAUGGGUUACUAUACCAGAAGAAGACUUGAGAAGAACAGAAAACGAAAAUUUGUUAGAUCACUGUCCUUCAGUAGAAGUACUUCUGAAACAUAAACUGCUUAAAGAUAAUAUUAAGAUUAUAGUUCCUCCAGAUUGCAGUCUUGAUCAGCUGAUUGAAGUUUUGAGGAAACAUGUUGAAAACGUAUUGCCUGUGAUAAUAUAUGCUGUAUCUGAAGAAACAUUAACUGAUUCAAAUAUACAAGAGAUAAGAAAAUUAAAAGACAUUUUUCACGUUCCAUUUUUGUUUGUGAGCUUGACAACUACUGAUUUUCAAUCCAAGGAUGCUAACGCUUUUACCCUAAGUACUGAAUCUUUAACUGAGUCUGAAAAACAUUUGGUUGAAAGCUGCCGCCAGGAGAGUGAAAAUAAUUUGCACAGUCUUAGAGAACAGCUUUUUAGGUUAGGUUAUUUAAAUGCAGAAUCAGAUGGAGAAAAUAACGAGGAUAAAGAAAAUACAGAUAAAUUGAAAAGAAAAAAAUCAUUUUGUCUGGAAUGCUCUUUGGAUAACACCCUGAUUUGUGAUAGAGACAUUAAUAAGGACUUUAUUUUAUUUAUUAAGGAUAUUUUAAGAUCCAGUAUUCUAAAAAUGGCCAAAGCGUUGAGUGAUAUUCAUAAUUCCUGUCUAAGAAAAUUUAUACUGUUUGCAUUUGAUAUGGCAAGAGAAAUUCAAAUAACUCCAAAAAGAAUUUUAUAUGCCCAAGAUAUUGAGCUCAAAAUGUAUACAACUCUCAUGAAAAUAGCUAGCGAGCAACAAGAAGAAAUAACUAAUAUUAUUCAAAGGACUUUGCUGGAUAUGAAAUCAAAUGUGGCAGAGGUUUUAGAGGGAUAUAAUUUUUCCGAAAAUUCUCCUACUCCAAUUUCCCCUAAAGUAGCAUCUAUGGAAAUUCAACAACUAGUUCUUAAGAGAUUAAGAACCUCAGUUGCUACCCAAAUAGUUCAAUCAGUAGGAUGCCUGCAAGAAAGUUUUACAGGAACUCUUCAGAGAUGCCUGGAAAGUCUAGAAAGAAAUUGUCACGAUUCAGAAGGCAACCUGUCUGCUUCUGAUGCAGUUAAACAAAUAAUUCAUGCAGCUUAUGAUAUAGAUUUAAAAACGCCUACGUCGUUUUCGAUAGUUCAUACGUUUAUGGAUAAGCUAAGGAAAUUGUUGGGGACUUUUGCCUCUCCUUGGUCAUCCACCAACCAGUUCCAAUGUUCUCUGCAAUGGCAGCUGCAAGUUGUCACUAAUAUGAUUGAUUCUCUAAGUGCUUCUAAGUUGGCGAAAACCAUUUCUGUUCAGUUUCAAGAGCAUGUUCGUUCAUCUCAUGAAGCUUUCCAAUCAGCAAUGAAAGGCCUAGAAAAUCAACUUUCCGGUCAACUAGAACAAACCGAGGAACAAAGAAUUGCUAUAAGAAAAAAACAUGCUCCUAGAUUUGCUAGGCUUGCACUGGAAAGUACUUCUUUGUGUGAUUUGGUGAGGUGGGGCAUGCCAAAACAAAUCCGAGAAAUCGGAAGAGGUCAGUAUGGGGUUGUGUCGUCAUGUGAACCAUGGGGAAAAAUUAAUCCCUGCGCUUUUAAAUCAGUUGUACCGCCUGAUGAUAGACAUUGGAAUGAUUUGGCUAUGGAAUUUUAUUAUACACGUACAAUACCAGAACAUGCUCGAAUAGUUAAGCUAAGAGGCUCAGUAAUUGAUUAUACUUACGGCGGAGGUACAUCACCAGCAGUACUACUAGUAAUGGAGAGAAUGAUUAAAGAUUUAUAUUGCGGUUUAAGAAGCGGACUAUCUUGGAUGAAACGACUUCGGAUAGCUAUAGAUGUGAUUGAAGGGAUUCGAUACUUGCAUUCUCAAGGAUUAGUUCACAGAGAUAUUAAACUUAAAAAUGUGUUGUUAGAUAAUGAUGACAGAGCUAAACUGACGGAUUUUGGCUUUUGCAUACCUGAAGCUAUGAUGUCAGGCAGCAUCGUGGGCACUCCAGUUCAUAUGGCACCAGAAUUACUAAGUGGCCGAUACGAUUCCAGUGUAGACGUGUACGCCUUUGGUAUAUUGUUUUGGUAUAUUUGCGCGGGGCAAGUGAAACUACCUACACAUUUUGAUCAAUUUCAAAAUAAGGAGCAACUGUGGAAUAGUGUCAGAAAAGGAAUAAGACCAGAAUGUUUGUCAUAUUUUAAUGAUGCAUGUUGGAAUCUCAUGGAACAAUGUUGGGCUGCUGAACCGUCCGAAAGGCCUUUGCUGGGCAAUGUACAACCUCAGCUAGAAAACAUUUAUAGAUGUGCCAAAUAUGAGGCGAAUGCAGCAAACCAAGGCAAGUUUUCUUAUAAUCAAAAAUCUCUAGGAUUUUAUGAUUAUCAUGAGAACGAACAUUUCAAUAAUUGUAGUUAUAUGAAUCUCAGAGAAUAUUAGUAGUAAUUAAACAUACUUUUGACUGUGUUUGUUAUUUUAGAUUCCUAAUUCAGAGGAGGAUUUGAAAUUCUGUACAUAGCUGUAAAUUAUGUUAAGUUCUGAAUGUUGUUUCUUUCUAUUUUUUAUAAACCGAUGUUAUAACAAAUAAUGUAUUUAUUUUUAAUAUUUAAAAUAAAACUCAUUGUUAUAUUUUUAUUAUAUAUUUCUUUUAUUCUAUAAACAAAUAAAUGGUAAUACUGAACUCCAUCAAUAACUUUUGGCCUGUCUGCAGUACUCACUUUAAUUACAGAGCAAUGUUUUUAUGUAGGCAGCUCACAACUUCCACAGAUAAUGUAAUUUUAAACGUAAGUGGAUAUUUAACAGUUAGAAGAUACAAAACAUUUUUAUGGCACAUUUAAACAUACAUUUACUGUCAUGCAUGGUGUGUUCCAAAACCAAGAUACACCAGCGAAACAUGUACUUAACAAGCAAACUUUUUACAUCAGUCUUCCAAACACCUUAAGUAAAAUUAAGUAGUGCUUUUAGAAAAGUUUGGAACGCUUUCAAAAUCACAUUCAAAAAUUCAAAAUAUAAAUACGACAAACAUAUAAUUAUUAUGACUAAUUGCAUUAUUGCCCUGUUACCGGGUUUUUACUAGCAUUCCAUACUCUCUAAAAGACAGAUAAUAUUAACCAUUGUAUCCAUUUCUAUAUAUGAAUUGAAUACCCAUUAAUAAAUAAUUGAAAAAUUAAUAUGAUUACUUAUACCAAGGGGUAAACCUUAGAGAAAAUUGAGUGUACAGCUCCAAUAUCAAACAGGCAGUUGACUUAAUUCAGCAUAUGAUGGAAACUAAUGUUGGCAUUCAUAAAAAAAUAAUUCAAGGCUCAACUUAAAAGAUGACCAACUUUUAUCUUUUCCAAUUAUGGUAAUUUUGAAUUUUAAUGUCUAACUUUCAACACCGAAAUUUAAACCAAUAAUUAUUAGGCAUAACUUUGGUUUGUUUAUUGUCUCAAGACAAAAAUUGAGAUGAUUAGGUUAGAUGCUAAAUUACGUUGAGGUCUGUUAGAACCCUCUUUAAGAUGGGUUUAGCCAGCUUUGAUUUUUCUCAGACUCAAUAGAAUGCGUCAGUUCCCGCUGACAAAAAAAAAAAUUACCUACAUUAUUUACCGCUACCCUAUCGAUUAUUAAGAUUCACAAAUGGCAAAUAUUAAUUACAAUAAUCAAGUGUAUUUUAAAAAAAAAUACAAAAAUGUCUAUUCAAGCCAAAACAAAUUGGUAUCGGCUAUUUUGCUCAGUGAUCGACUGAUCGAAAUUCAAUUAGUAUAGUCUUGGUUAUCCAAGAAAAAUGUGCACUGAGAGAUGAAUAUAGAAAAAAAACGACGAUAAUGUUAUAUUACAGUAACUUGGAACAGGAGUAAGAGAGGGAAAAAGAAACUGCGAGUAAUCACAAUUGGGAAGGCAUUUCCCAGGUACUUUAUGUAUUUAUAAAAUGUAUUAUGUUGAAGAGGAAUAUUAGGAAAGACUAUUCCGCACUCUUAACAAAGAAUGCAAAGAGGAGAGAUUAAGAAAGGGAUGCUCUCACCAGUCUCACCCAAUGAAAAAUUGAUCAUAAUCAAAUGAAUUACUUGUAUUCAUUUUGUGUCUUUGUUUAAAUAUAGGUAGAGUUUCGUGGGUUAGAGGUCUAGGGGACUGAAAGAAACUAUCUAGUUGUUGGCAGCGUUUCGGACAUUUAUUUAUCCUUUAUCAAACCUCAGACUGUUGUCUCCGGAGUCCAAACAGUUGGAAAAAGAGCACCUUCCAUCAUGUUUUUUGAUGGCUUUCAUAAAUUUUAUUUUUUUAUCAAUUUAAACCCACGAAACUCUACCUAAAAAUGAAUUACAUUCCGUUCAAUUCAAUAUACCAAAGAAUGUCUUUAUUAGAGGUAUUACUUCAAAUUACGAAAUUUUUGCAUUUCAAAUAUGCCUAUUGGAAAACCAGGCUAACAUAGAAUUUUUUGUAUCACACUUGUAUUGCCUUUCUUUUGUUGUGUUUUCAUUGAAUAAGCCACUUUCACGUGCCCGGAAUAUGGCAAAUUAUGAUAUUUUUGACUCAGAUACAUGGAUGCAACUGAGAAGAUGCUAUUAGAAUUACUAACGAAAUAAUUUUAAAACGUUUUUGAAAAAUGUGAAAGUGGGAUUAUAUUGUGUUGGAUUUAGGUUUACCCCAAGACCACUUUACCUAAUAGGACUGCUUAUUGAGCUGAAAGUAUCUGCCAUGUCCACGCGACAAGUCCCUACUAUUUGUGAUGUCAGCCGCAGAUCUCAACUCUUUGACAUAAAAUGCAUUAUCCAAGUUUAGAACACUUUAGGUCAAAAAAACGAAUUCCUAAACGUUAAAAAUCACCUUUUCUGCAUUUAAAAUCGAGGAAAAAUUUAACUGACAGCCUGAAUCGCAAGCAUUUGAUCAAGGUAUGUGGGAGACGUCACCACUAUCAGCUAAUGAUAGUGGUGAUGUCUCCCACAGACCAGCUGCCAUUUUGAGAACUGUCCAAUGUACACCUUAUUAGGAUUAGCAAUCCUGUUUGGUGGAGUGUUCUUGGGUUUACCAGCUAAUAAAGAAUACGAAAUAUAAGUGCUUUUCAAAUUUAGAGAAAAAUUUAGGAUGUUCUAUUCAAAUAAGUGUUAGUUAGAACUUUCUGGCAGCUCUUUGACACUCAUUCUGUUAAUCUGAUAAAAAUUGGUGGUUAAGAUGAAAUGUAAGAACUUUUGUAUUCAUCCUUUUUACGAGCACCCUAUACAACAAUUAUUAUAUUAAUAACUGUACAAGAUAUUUGUCUACAGUUUACCCCUCACAAAACCUAAUUGAGAAACGGUUAUUAUGAAUAACGAAAACUUAUAGCUAAUAAUAAUAAUAAUAAUAAUCAGUGACAAAAACUGAAUAUGUAUUCAAAUGCAUAUUAAUAAAUAAUAAAAUAAUAAUUCAAUAACAAAAUAUUCUAGUCUGCAUAAGCAAAUCUGUCUAGAUACUUUACAUUCGAUUUACAUUGACAGUUUCCGUAAUGUAUGCUCUUUUUUGAGCUGUAGCUCCAACAGACAAAAUGCAGAACUAAAUUUGUUAAUAUCUCACAUUGAUACAUGUAAUGAGAUUCAACUCAAGUCUUAUCAUUCUAUGAUGCUUACAGUCAGCCAACAAAGUAAUAUCCCGCAUAAAUAAUUUACUGGCCUCUAAAACAGAAACCUUUAAAUAAGAUGUUUUCUUUUAAAAUUAUCUACAGCUGAUAGACCAACCAUACAGCUUACAUAUGUCAAUGAAAAAAUUACAUAAUUAUUUCAAUAAUUUUUAGAUAGAUGAAUUUCUAAUUAGAGAUACACAGAUAACUUCAUUGGCUGACUGAAAUGAGAAAACCUUAGCCAUUAUCAUAAAUUUAAUACAUAACAAGGUUACAAAGCAAUACUGUUCAAAAUGCACCAGAAAAAUCAAUUCUAUAAUAUUCUUUGGAAUAAAAAACUCGAACCCUAUUCACAUUUAAAAGUAGAGAUAAAAAAAUAUAUACUAUUAUGCAGAAUACAAUCGGCCAGUCAUUAAAAUACCUUAUAAUAAAACAAAUUUGAAAACUAGCACUGACAAAUUUCUUCAUUUUUGAGAUAAACAUUUGAUUACACUGAGGAAAAAUUAUCUGAGAUACAGUGUGAAUUCUGAAAUGUGGAAGAUUCUUGCUAAAUGAUUUUCACUCAGAUUUUUGUCUAGAAUAAUAUGUUCUACAAUCCAAAAUUAUUGAUUCUCCAUACGUUUUUCCUCAUUGUAAAAAUUAACCAUUAUUGUUGAGAUUUCUCCUAGAAAAUCUACAUAAUAUCACUUUUAGUGAUUUGCACAUAGAAAAAUAUAUUUAGAAAAGUUUUUUUUUUUCAUACUUAUAUUUAAGUAUGCAUAGAAUUACCCACUUUCUGUUGAAAUAAUUGAAAAGCAAUAAAUCUGAUUUACGUAACACAGAAAAAAAAUCACAUAAUUAAAACAUUAUUAUAUGCUAUUAAAUAGCAUAUAAACAUAACAUUUAAAUAAUCGAAUGAAUAAGGUAGCAGUUUAGGUGUCUUUUUGAACAUCACUUGAAAAAUACUCAAUAUGUACUUUUUGUUGGUGGAUUCUUUGAUAUGUACGAAGUAUUUUUUUUCUGAACAUAUCGGAUCUCUUACACAAAGGUACCUUUGAGCGGUGAUACAAAGCUUUUUUCAAUCUUUUUUCUCUAGGUUUUUUGGCACAUUUUAUUUUGUUUUCUGGUUUAGUGUCAUCUUUGACAGAAACCGAGGCAGGAACCGAGGCAGGAACCGAGACAGGAACCGAGUCAGGAACCGAGUCAGGAACCGAGUCAGGAACCGAGGCAGGAACAGAGACAGGAACCGAGGCAGGAACAGAUACAGGAACCUUGCGGGAGCCCAACUUUUUUACAUAGUUUUUAUCUUUCCUGUAGUAUUUAAGCAUAUCCUCGUGGUUUAUCGUGUCCUCUAUGUCAUAAGACUCAAAAAAUACC